UGCAUGAGCCCGUCCACAUCUUCGAAGUUGAUAACAUUAUAAUGUUUCAGUUUAUGCUAUUAUUCAGCCGUCAAGGCAAAAUACGACUUCAAAAAUGGUACACCGCGACAUCUCAAAAAGAGAAGCGAAAAAUCACUCGGGAUUUAGUGACCAUGGUGCUGUCUAGAAAACCCAAAAUGUGCAGCUUUUUAGAGUACAGAGAUAUUAAAGUCGUCUAUAAAAGAUAUGCAAGCUUGUACUUCUGCGUUGGGAUGGACAAUGAUGACAAUGAGCUUGUUGCACUAGAAGUUAUACACAGAUAUGUGGAACUUCUUGACAAAUACUUUGGAAGUGUUUGUGAGCUUGAUAUUAUUUUCAACUUUGAAAAAGCAUAUUUUAUGUUGGAUGAGCUGUUAAUUGGAGGAGAAGUCCAAGAAACAAGUAAAAAGAAUGUACUUAAAGCUAUAUCUGCACAAGACCUUCUACAAGAGGAGGGCGAGUUGCAGAAAACACUGGAAGAGAUGGGGCUUGCCUAAGCACUGGUUCUCUAAUCCCCCUAAUCUCCUUUAAACUUCUUUGAUCUAAACUACUUUUCCUUUUUACUCUAUUCCUUCUACUUGUUCUGCAGCAAUUGGAACUUCAACAGACUCUUGAAGAUCUGGGCCUGUCUUGAAGAUAGAUGACUUGCUAACCUUCCUUUUAUUAAAAAACUUAGAAUGGCUAAUAAAUAUAACCAAUAACAUAGUAAAUCUUAUAACUUUACACAUCCAGUGUUGUCAAAAGCAGUUUGAAUUUAAGGUUUUGAUUGUGAUUAUUAGUUUUCUUGGCAUAAAUUCUCUCAUAAUCAUAAACAUUAGUUUGUAUUAUUACCAGCAUGAAUGUGAACUGCGAUCAUUUAACCGUUUCAAUACAAUAGAUUACUGAAAAGAUAUUAAAAUAUAUAAAUGAAAUUCAAAAUGUGAAAUAGUGCAUUGUACGAGAAUCAAGGCCAGCCACCAAGUGGUUAAGUCAGAGAAAAUUGAUUCAUUUGUAAUCAUUAUUGAUUCUUGAUAAGACAUCUUAGCCACUUAAAGCAGAAUUUCUCAUUAACAACUAAUAAAUUUGAAAAUUCAAGAAAAAUAGUUGCAAAUGUCAUUUGUUAAAUUGAUUUAUAACUAGUUAUUAUCUAAUCUCCUUAUAUUUGCUUGUCUGUUCUAUCAUUUAAAUACUUUCUGUGGUUUUGAUGAAUGAAGAAAAGAUAUAAAAUUUUAAACUCAUAAAUUGUAAUAAAAAUAAGAACAAUCUAAAUAAAAUAACUGAUUAUUCACCACUUAAAGAUUUUUGACUAAGCCAUCUUUUCUUAUUUCUGCUCCUUGAUAUCUUUGAAAAGAGACUACUUGAAACUUGAAAUGCUUUCUUCUCUUUUGAAUAACUGUGAAAAUUAUUAAAUUGAAACACAAUUUGUAUUGAUC